UUUUAAAAAUAUCCCUAGAUUUUUCCGAUGUGUGUAUUUAGGCCCGGUUCCAUAAUAUUGGUCAACAGCACACUUUACCGAAAGGCGCCUUUUCUCAAAAGUCGGUUUUAAAUGUCCCAGAUGUUUCAUAAUCGAAUGUAAAGUCGCCUUUACUGAAAGUGCGGUUUUCUUUCAUUGAAUGACAGUUGGCAUCACUGAGCGUACAUAAAGUGGGCUUAAAUGUAUCUGUUUUGGUUCGUUUUCACGCUUCGCUGCCUCUAGAUUUUCAAGUACUUUGUUUCUUUUCGUGUUGAUGGCUUCAAGCAGUUGCAAGAAAAAAAAGGCAUCGCCCUUCAGUAAGGAAAAGGAGCUGCGGUUAGUGAAGAAAAUCUAUGAAGAGAGGAAGUUCAUAGAGAACAAAGAAACAAACAAGGUUUCAAAUAUUGCGAAGGUGAGUUCAUUCCAGUUUGUAAAGAAUGUGACUGCUCAUAUCUGAGUAUUUUAUGUAACAUUAGAUAUAAUUGCAGGAAAUGGUAUAGGUACGGAUUUGCGCUUCAUUCAACACCAACACUUUAGAAUUCAGAGGUGUCGAUCAACUAAAGUCAAAAUAUGACAACCUCAAAACAAAAACGAGGAAACAAGUGACGAAAGAGAAAAAAUAUGAGAAGGGCACUGGUGGUGGAUUCUUCAUACCGAAGAUGGACGACCCAGUUAUGGACAUGAUUCUGAAAAUUGUGAAUGCAAACCCAAACGGCGAUGACAAUAUGAGUAAUUAUUGAAACAUCUUUGAAUAUAUUUAUGAAAAAUUUUUUUGUUUCAGGCAAAUGAAACAAUUUUGGAGAAGAUGGAUGAAGAUCUGAGAAAAGAUUCAGAUGUCUCUCUUAUUGAACCGCCAUUGCUUAUUGAAGAAAUGGAAGUGGUACUUGCAGAGGAAACGCCAUCUGAAGAAGUGCAAAUUGCAAAACCUUCGUGCCAUCAAAAACCCCCAUCAAAAAAUGUGCUUAAAGGAAAAAAGAAUAUCCCUGGAUGUUCCAGAAACUUUGCUUCACAGAAAGUUACCAACUGGGCGGAUUGUAAUCCUUAUGAAACAUCUCCGUCCAAAAAGUUGCGACCUGUUAUGCAGAGUUCAUUAGGAGAUGCGGAAGAAAAUUAUUACAAAGUCAUGGCAGAAACCAUGAAGCACGAACUGGAAUUGAAAAAAAAUAAAGAUGUCAGGGAGCAGGAGAUACACGAGUUGGAAAAGGAAAAAAGAAUAUUGAAACUGAAUUGUUAA